UCGAGACAUCCUGACCAAACGCCAUGUCGGCCAUGUCGGCCAUGUCGGCCAUCGUUCCACUGUCGCUCUUCUUGGUGAGUGUGAGCCCCAUCGCAGCUGAACUUGAGCCCGAGGAUGGCUGCUUGUUGCAGAAAACCAACGAGCGACAGCUUUUGACCAAGGAGGAGCAAGGUCCUGUUCCUGGCUAUACACUCCUGUGCGGACCCAGAUGCAGAUGUGCAUUUCCUGAAACUCUUAAAGAAGGACCCACCAAUGCUGUUGAAUGUGCAGCCGCUUGUCCAACCUCAUCAGCCACAUCAUGGCUUGGAUUUACUUUCGAUCCAACCGGUCCUGAAUGCCGUUGCUGCAACAACCUCGAUAUUGUUUCCCCUGUCAAUAAAAAUUUCUAUUUAUACGCAUUCACCGGGGAAGUGGUCGGGGACCCACACAUCACUACUUUGGAUGGCAAACACUACACUCUUCUCAGCCAGGGUACCUUUUCCCUGUGGCAUUUCUCAGGCCUGGAGACGGAGUUGCAUUCAGAAGAAGUUGGAACCAAGAAACUCCCAAUCGAUUGGCAAGUGUACGUGCACUAUUCGGGCCACCAAUCCUUCACGAAGGGCUUGCUUCUGAUCGACAAGUCAGGAGGAUCCAUCCGACAAGUGCUUGAGAUCACUUCGCAGGACUGCAGGUGGAAAGCACGGAAAGGAAACGGAGACUGGAGAGUGGUCGACAAUGCAGAGCUCAUCUCCAUCCCAGAUGGUAAGGACUACGUGACAGGCUUCGACCUCGGCACCGUGGGUCCUCGCGGUCAUGGUGGCCAUGGCUUUCCCAACCGUGUACGCUUCAACAUGAACACGAAGAAUGGCAAGUCGGACAUAGCAGUCAUGAGUCUCAGUUGCAGACCAAGCCACAACAUGAAUCUCCAAAUCUCAAUGAACCGCCAGAGCGACCAGCAGUUUGUGGAUGGCGAGUUGAAGGUCGCACGCAAGUCGCUGUCUACGCUGCAGACCUCCACCGACUUUGAAUUCAGCGUGGAUAGCAAGUGGCAAAAGCUCGGUGGAAGUGAACAAGCAGCCUCGUACUUUCAGCUCGUUGACACAAAUCAAACAUCUGUUGCCUCGUUCCAAUCGCAAGGCUGCAGUGAUGCUGAAAAAGGUUUGGCGGCAGAGGCUUGUUCCAAGCACUUGGGAGAGGCGCAUGGCACGCAUUUCUUUGAAGAUUGCAUUUAUGAUGUUUGCCAUGGCGCUGGCGAGACGCAAGCAGAACUUGCUGCAGAGCUUCUCGCUGUGACCAAAGCUGAUUAGGAUGAAUACUGGGACGUGCGGAUUUACCAUAUGAUUUACUCGCACUUGUUAGUGCGAUUUACCAUAUGAUUUGCUCGCACGUGUCAGGGGCAGUUCUUUCCCUUCAGCACCUUCCCAUAUGCGGUCGGUUUGGAUGAUUGCCCUCAGUGAAAA